CGGUCACACUGUCCCAACCAGGUGAAAGCGACUUCGGAAUUAUCGCGCGACAGGGCGAUAAGUCCAACGACUGAUUAGUUAACCAGCGGCGAUCGUCGAGGUGAAAGUUCACAAGCAGCUCCAAGAUGUCAGCAAAGGCAGUCAAGUCCGGCAAGCCAGGCGCCGCCAAGGAGCCAUCGGCGGUCACGAAGCUCUACCUGUUCGCCUACAACGCCGGCCAGGUGGUGGGAUGGAGCUACAUCCUCUGGCAGCUGGUCAACUACUACUUGCUGCAGGGACCCGAGUUCCGGGCGCAGGUAACGCUGUGGGAGUACACGCGGCUGGCCGUGAUCAUCUUCCAGAACGCCGCCUUCGUGGAGAUCCUCAAUGCUUCGUUCGGACUGGUCAAGUCGAAUCCCGUGGUCACUGGCUUCCAGGUGUUCAGCCGCAUGAUGGUCGUCGUGGGAGUGGUGAUGGCCACGCCCACGGGCAAGGUAUCGCCCGGUCUGCCCAUCGCCCUGCUGGCCUGGGCCAUCACCGAGAUCAUCCGGUAUGGUUACUACGCUUUGAAUAUCGUCAAGGUGGUUCCGCACUUUGUGGUCUUCCUGCGCUACACCACCUUCAUUGUCCUGUAUCCCAUUGGGGUCACCGGGGAGCUGCUGUGCUUCUGGUGGGCCCAGAGCUACGCCCGCGAGAACAGCGUGUGGAGCGUGGUGAUGCCGAACAAGUGGAAUGCGACCUUCUCCUACUUCGGUUUCCUGUGGAUCGUCAUGCUGGGCUAUAUACCCAUCUUCCCGCAGCUGUAUCUGCACAUGUUCGCCCAGCGCCGCAAGAUCCUCGGCGGCGGCGGCGGAGGAGCAGCCAAAAAGAAGGCCAACUGAACCUUGACCAGCGGCGAAUGCAAAUUAUUAUUGCAUCAUUUGCAUAUCUUUAACCGUCGCUUUUCGCUUUUUUUCGGGGUCUCUCUUUUGCCUCACCUCUUGCACAAGCAUUUUCGUUCGGACUAAGCUUAGUUUUAAGUGGUUUUGUGUACAAAUAAACCUAGAUACUCUUCCAACUAA